UCUGCUGCUAGCCGGCGGCCGAGCGUCGAGCUCCAGCCCGGCCUCCGCGUGCCCCUCGGGCUCCGCACCCCUGAUGCUGCUCGGGCGCUGAGCCCGCCCCGGCCGGGACGAUGGUGAAGUAUUUCCUGGGCCAGAGCGUGCUACGGAGUUCCUGGGACCAAGUGUUCGCUGCCUUCUGGCAGCGGUACCCGAAUCCCUAUAGCAAACAUGUCUUGACGGAAGACAUAGUGCACCGAGAGGUGACCUCUGACCAGAAGCUCCUGUCCCGACGACUCCUGACCAAGACGAACAGGAUGCCCCGCUGGGCUGAGCGACUGUUUCCUGCCAAUGUUGCUCACUCAGUGUACAUCCUGGAGGAUUCUAUUGUGGACCCACAAAACCAGACCAUGACCACCUUCACCUGGAACAUCAACCACGCCCGGCUGAUGAUGGUGGAGGAACGAUGUGCUUACCGUGUGAACUCUGAUAACAGCGGCUGGACCGAAAUCCGCCGGGAAGCCUGGGUCUCCUCUAGCUUAUUUGGUGUCUCCAGAGCUGUCCAGGAAUUUGGUCUCGCGCGGUUCAAAAGCAACGUGACCAAGACUAUGAAGGGUUUUGAAUACAUCUUGGCCAAGCUGCAAGGUGAGGCCCCUCCCAAAACCCUUGUUGAAACAGCCAAGGAAGCCAAGGAGAAGGCCAAGGAGACGGCACUGGCAGCUACGGAGAAGGCCAAGGACCUUGCCAGCAAGGCAGCCACGAAGAAGCAGCAGCAGCAGCAGCAGUUCGUGUAGCCGGCCCAGGCCCCGAGGCAGCAGCCUAGCAGACUACCGGCGCCAGUCCGUGCCCCGCCUCCUGUACUUUAUCAUUAAAAGCCAGCUUCUAGCCCUCUC